GAUUUUCUGGGAGCCAUGGAGUGCACACUUGGACAGAUUGUGUCUCAGAGAAAACUAUCAAAACCUUUACUGAAACAGGGCAACUCAGCAGGCAAGUCGUCUAUAACGCUGACAGCGGAGGAAUUAUCAGGCAAUGAUGACUAUGUGGAGCUUGCCUUCAGUGCCAAGAAGCUUGACGACAAGGAUUUUUUUAGCAAAUCAGAUCCAUUUCUGGAAAUCUUCAGAGUCAAUGAUGAUGGUACUGGAUCUCUUGUGCACAGAACUGAGACAAUCAUGAACAAUUUAAACCCUGUGUGGAAAUCGUUUAAAGUGUCACUAAACACUCUUUGUAGUGGCGAUCAAGAGCGAGAGCUAAAGUGUACAGUUUGGGACUGGGAUUCGAAUGGAAAGCAUGACUUUAUUGGAGAAUUCCAGACCACGUUCAAAGAGAUGAAGGCAGCCAUGGAUGGAAAACAGAUGCAAUGGGAAUGCAUCAAUCCCAAGUAUCAAGUAAAGAAGAAGAACUACAGAAACUCUGGUGUUGUGAUGCUGACUCAGUGCAAGAUUAUAAAGAUGCACUCAUUUCUGGAUUAUAUAAUGGGAGGUUGUCAGAUCCAGUUUACAGUGGCCAUUGAUUUCACUGCUUCAAAUGGUGACCCACGGAACAGCUGUUCCCUACACUACAUUCACCCCUAUCAGCCAAACGAGUACCUCAAAGCCCUGGUCGCUGUGGGCGAAAUCUGCCAAGACUAUGACAGUGAUAAAAUGUUUCCAGCCUUUGGAUUUGGAGCACAGAUCCCACCUGACUUUAAAGUUUCACAUGAUUUUGCAGUGAACUUUGAUGAGGACAACCCAGAGUGUGCUGGUAUUCAAGGUGUUGUGGAGGCUUAUCAGAACUGUCUUCCUAAGAUCCAGCUUUAUGGCCCCACCAACAUUGCACCAAUCAUUCAGAAAGUAGCCAACUCCGCCUCUGAGGAAAUGCACACCAAGGAGGCCAUGGAGUAUUUCAUUCUUUUGAUCCUGACGGAUGGUGUGAUAACAGACAUGGCAGACACACGAGAAGCUAUUGUUCAUGCCUCCCACCUUCCGAUGUCCGUCAUCAUCGUGGGCAUAGGAAGUGCAGACUUCAGUGACAUGCAGAUGCUGGAUGGUGAUGAUGGCAUUCUGCGAUCCCCCAAAGGAGAGCCCGUGCUUCGAGACAUUGUACAGUUUGUGCCCUUCAGAAACUUCAAACAUGCCUCUCCCGCGGCGCUGGCUAAAAGUGUGCUGGCAGAGGUGCCCAAUCAAGUGGUUGAUUACUACAACAGCAAAGGCAUCAAGCCCAAAUGUCUGUCAGACUUUGAGUCUACCAGAGCCUUCAGUCCCUGAAAAAAAUGCACAACCACAGCUAGCUCAGAGACGUGUAAUACACAGUGGUUGUAUCAAAUGUCUCCGAGUAGGCGUUUAUAAUUAUUUUAAUUAUUAUAAUUACAAUGUAUUCUUCUUAUUAUUAAUAUUAGU